AUGUCUGUUAUAUUCGAUUAGUUGGAUGUAUACUUAUUAUUAAAUACUUUAGAAUAUCUAAUUACUUAGAUUUAGAUUUACUUAAGUAAUUAAGUUAGGAGUCUCUAUAUAUUACAUAGAAAAUUGUAACUUAAAAAGACUUGUAGUAACAGAUAAUCAAAUUGCAUUAUAUAAUGAAUCUGAGACUAUAAAUGUUUUAUAAAAUGUGUCAUAGAUAUGUUCUGAUGGUAAAACUUUGUUUUGUUUACAAAGUAUAAAAUUAUCUCAAUUUUUAAGCAAAUGGUGACCUAUAUUAAAUUGAUUAAUAACCUAAAUUGUUAAUAUCAUCAAAGAACUACAUGAGCAUCACCCCUACAACUGCUAUUGAUCACUCUGGAAGAGGAUUUUUUUGGAAAGAUAAUAAACCUAUUUAUUCUCAUUGUAAACAUAUUAGUACAUAUCAAGACAAAAUGACAUUGAUUACAAGUAUAAUUUUAUUUGAUUAAUUAAGUUGGAGGAAAGAUUUUUAAUAUAGAGAAUAAUACUCAAAUUCCCAUUUAAUAAUUAAAUGGUUUAGAGAUUAAUGGAUAUUUUAAGAAGUCAUUAUUAUUCUAAUUUGGAGGUAUUGCUAUUACAGAAAAUGGUGAUGCUUAUUGUUAUAAUACUAAAAUGAUUAAACUCAAAACAUCAAAUCUUGAAGAUAUUUAAGCAAGUAAUAGAUUUAUUUUUGGAAUCUAAGGUAAAUAUAUUUUGUAAUGGAAUCUGGAUGAUUUUUAAAAUCAUUAAUUUUUUGUUAAUUAGACAAUAUUUAAAAAAAUGAAUUAUGGUCAUGAAAUAUAAAUUAAUUGUAAAAAGAAAGAAUUUUAAGAGGUCAAAUUUAUAUUUUCAAAUCAAUAUUCAUAAUAUUGUUGUGCAUCUAUAUAAUAAAUCUCAAAUAAAAAUUAGAAUGAUUAAUCUAUUUCUAUCCUUGAAAGAACUUUCUGUAGAAGUACUUUUUAAAAUUUGAAAUAAUAAUUAUUUGAUUAAUGGGAUCCACCUUCCAAAAGGAAAGCUCAAGAAGUUAGAUAAAGCAAAUUUCUUAGAGGAGAAAGAACAGAUAGAUCAGAUGCAAGUAAUCGAUAAACUGAUAGAAUUGAUAGAAAAGAUGAUAUUUCUUAAUAAGUAUAAAAACAUCAAUAAUAAAAUAAUAAUAUUCUUAUUGAAAAACAAAAUAAAUAAGAUAAAUAAAUUAAUUUAUAAGAAUAAAAGUGUUUACAAAUAGACUCAAAUUUUAAUUUCAAAAAUAGUUUAAAAUAAAGUUCUGAUAUUUUAGCUCCACUUGAAAUUUCAAAAUUUAAUUUAAAUGAUAAAAUAUAAAAACAAGAAACUUAAUAAUUAAACAAUUCAAAUAAAUCAGAUAAAUUAGUAGAUUAAAUCUAAUAAAAAUAAUAUAAUUUAAAAGAAUAAAAAUAGGAAGAGUAAUUAAUUGAAUAAGGAUUGAAUAAUUAGAAUAAUGAAUUAUAAUAAAAAUUAUAAAAUGAGUAAAAGAUAGAAUAAUAAUAAUUAUUAUAAUAAUAAUAAUUAUUAUAAUAAUAAUAAACUAAUCCAUCAGAAUAAUAAUAAUUAAAUUCAAUUAAUAUGCCCAAAUAAUGUUUUUAAGAAAUUAAGUAACCUUCAAAAUUAUUGGAAUAAUAAAAAAAAUAAUUUGAUUAAAUUUUGAUAUCAUGUAAUCAACAAAACGUUUAGUAAUAAACCGAUAAUUUUGAAGAUUUUCAAAAGAUCAAAGAAAUUCAUUAAGAAAAUAUUUAUUCUUAAUAAAAUAUAAUAAGACAAAAAUUGUAAUCAAUUAAAGAAAUCUAUGAUCAAACAAGAUUUAAAACAUAAAACAAUAGCUUGUAUACAUUGGACGAGGAAAGUUCAGUUGAAUAAAGUAUUUGUUAAUAAGAAUUAGAGAAAGGAAGAUUUUUUUAAAGAUAAACACUUUAAAUUAAUGAUUUAUUUGAUAAUGAUUUUAAGCAAGUAUCAAACAAUUAGGAAAAUUAAAAAUUAUAGUUUUCUUCCAAAGAUAUUCAUUCUCCUACAUAAUCUUUGGAAAAUAAAAUAAAAUUCCCACAAGUAAAUUUAUCAGAAUUACAAUUACCUCCAAUUCAAUCUUCUUUGAAUAAUUUUUUAAGUAAAUUAUAGUUAAAACCAGAAAAAACAAUAGAUUAAAUUCUCAAAUCAUAGACAUAAAAAGAAGAAGAAAAUGAAAAUAUUCCAUAAUCAAAUCCAAGUGAAUUAAUAUCUCAUCAUUAGAUUACAUAAACAAAAAAGAUUAGGUCAUUCUUAAAGCCUGAAUAAAUGUAAAAUUAACAAUAAAAAAAUGCUGUAGAGAUAAUGGAUCAAUAAUCUAUUAUUGAUUAUUAAAAUAAUAGUGAUUUUAUAGAUUAAUAGCAUGAUAGUUUUAUGCAGAUUUUAUAAACAGAUAAAAAACAAUCAGAAAAUAGUAAGAUUUAAAAUAUUAUGUCAAUUUUCGAUUAAAUUCAUAUAUAACCAAUAAAAAGAAGUCCUUCAAAAAUGAAUAUGUUCAAGAAAUAAGAUUAAGAAAACAAAAUGAUAUCAGAUUCAAAUGGAUAAUUAGAUUAUAACUUAUUAGAAAUAAAAAACAUUUUAAUAGAAAACCAUCCAAAAAUAUUAGACAAAAAAUUAUCACCUCCAAAAACAAAUAGUAAAUUACAUAAAAACUUAGUUACUUUUUCUCAAGAUAUUUCAUAAGAAGAUAUUGAAGAUCGAGUUAUGUAAGUUGUUAAUAUAGAUUAAAAUCUAUAAUCUGCAUCUCAUAAGCAUUCUCCUAUAAAAUAAAAAUCUCCUAUUAAAGAUAACAAUAUUUCAUCAAGCAAAAAAUAUUCACUCUAAUUAAGUGAAUAGAAAGUCUUGACUAAGAUUAAUUAAAAUGCUGAUGUAAGACAGCCUAGUUUUGAUGUUAAAAUUAUACCUAAUAUCUCUGAAUAAAAAUAAUCAUUAUCUCGUUUAAGAAUUCAACCUUUAAAUUGUAAUGCAGUUAGGCCAGAAAAAAUAUAUACUCCUCUAAAAAGCAGAAGAAAUAGCACUGCAAGGGGUUCAAGUAAUGAAACUAAUAGAUUCAAAUAGUUAUAGAUUGACUCUUAAGUUGUAGUACCAGAAAUAUAAUAAAAUUAAACACCAUUAAUCAAUAAAUUUGAACCUUUAGAUCUAAGUAAUGCCAUGUAUCACAUUGAUUAAACACUUUUUGAAAAUACAACAAAGCGUACUCCUGUUGCUUAGGUUCUUGAUAUGAUUAAUGUAAACCAGAAAUCUAAUUAAAAAAUACUUAAAGAACCACAAUUAAUAAAAGUUUCUUCUUCCUCUUAAAUACCACCUUCUCUACGAACCAAUAGUGUAGGGCCAAUCAGUAAAAAAACUGAGGUAUCUCCUUUGAAAGUUUAAAGAUAAAUAAAAAAUUAACCACAUUCAAAGAGUGUCAAUGAUGAUACAAUAAGAUUAAAAAGAAGACAAUAAGAUAUUAUUUUAAGGAAAUUGUUUUUUAAAUUAGAUAUUCAUCUUAAACUUAAUAAAUUAGAAUUUAUGUUUAAUUUGAAAUAGAAAAAUGGAAAAUGA